UUUCUCCAAGGCACCUAUAUUUUGGCAAUUAAUAAAGCAAAGAGUGACACUUCGCGAGAACAAAUUCCAGGUAGCGGAUAUAUGAACAAAAUAUCCACAUUCACUGAAUCACAUUACAAUGUGGGUGAACUGUAUAUGGAGUUUCUCAAGAGGGCAUGCAGUGAACAUUCAGAUGGUCGUCUUUGCGACUUCUGUGAAAGCCAUCCAUGGGUAGGACCAGAGAGUGAGCGAAUACCUCAACCCAUACGUGACCCCAAGAACCCUCCACACUAUAAGAGCGUGUUUUGUACGCCAGUGAGAAAUGAUGAUGGUAGCCGCAGAGAUCCUGAUGACUGGCAGCCAAGGGCUCAGAUGAAACGCUUAUUUAAUUCAUCAGAAAUAACCCUCAGUAAUACAGAUGCCGUUAAAGAAUAUGCAACAAAGUUCGCUGUUGAUGAAAAAUACGUGCGUUCAUAUCCGAAGCAACUGACAACACUGAGACUCAAAGAAUCCAUCAGGUCGACUCAGAGGCAAACCGACAAAAGCAAACGAGACCUAAAAACAUACAAUGAGCAUGACUGGCUAGACAUGUCUCUAAAAGGAACAUUGCAACAACUAACUGUCAAAGAACUUGAGAAAUAUCUAACUCCACAUGGACUUAGCAAGUAUGGUAAAAAAAGUGACAAAAUAAAAACCAUCAACUGCCAUGUACUGCUAUACAAUGAGCAUGACUGGCUAGACAUGUCUCUAAAAGGAACAUUGCAACAACUAACUGUCAAAGAACUUGAGAAAUAUCUAACUCCCCAUGGACUUAGCAAGUAUGGUAAAAAAAGUGACAAAAUAAAAACCAUCAACUGCCAUGUACUGCGAAAUAAUGAGCUUAAUUCUAUAAAAGCGAAACAGUUGGAAAUGACAAACUCCAUGUCCUGUGCUGACCAGUAAGAUGACGAAUCACUCUCAGAUGACGAUUAUGUAGUUGGCACAUUCGGAAGUGACAGUGAGUAA